AUCAAAGAUAACAAACUGAACAGAGACAAAAUGCCCAAAGAAGAGGCAAAAUCCAUCUGGGAUCGCAAGAAGGGAAUGCCGGAUUCCAAGCCACAAAAUGGGGAAUGCUUCCAAGAACUCCCUGCUCACAAGCUGAAGCACACAGAGCAUGCUUUUGGCCGACCGGGGUUCAAAACCACACCGGGAUCCGAAGACGCCAAGCCCCAGGUGGAAGCCGGCAAGAGAGUCGAGGAGUUGCGCCGUCGGCGGGGUGAAAAUGAGAGUGAAGAAUUUGAGAAGCUGAAGCAGAAGCAACAAGAGGCGGCGGUGGAACUGGAGGAGCUGAAGAAGAAGCGUGAAGAACGGAGGAAGAUUCUGGAAGACGAAGAACAGAAAAGGAAGAAAGACGAGGCGGAGAGGAAAGCUCGGGAAGAGGAAGAGAAAAGGCGGCUGAAGGAAGAAAUUGAGAGAAGAAGGGCAGAAGCCGCUGAGAAACGCCAGAAGAUGCCAGAUGAAGCCCAGGGUGAAGAGAAGAAGCCUUUCAAAUGUUUCACUCCAAAAGGUUCUGCUCUCAAGAUAGAAGAACGUGCAGAGUUCUUGAACAAAUCCGCCCAGAAGAGUGGCCUGAAACCUACUCACACGACUCCAAUUGUCUCCAAGAUAGACAGUAGGCUGGAACAAUAUACCAGCGCAAUUGAGGGCAACAAAGCUCCGAAGGCCGCCAAGCCAGCUGCCUCUGACCUCCCAGUUCCUGCUGAGGGAGUGCGCAACAUCAAGAGCAUGUGGGAGAAAGGCAAUGUAUUUUCAUCACCCUCUGGAACGGGGACACCCAAUAAGGAAACAGCUGGGCUAAAGGUUGGAGUCUCCAGUCGCAUCAAUGAAUGGUUAACUAAGACCCCAGAAAACAACAAAUCAGCUGCUUCAAAACCAUCCGACUUACGACCUGGAGAUGUAUCUGGCAAACGCAACCUUUGGGAAAAGCAGUCGGUUGAGAAGACCCCUUCUCCAUCAAAGGUCACAGCAGCAGGAAGGAAGCUGGAGACCAAUGCAGGUUUGAGACAAUUUGAAAAGGAGCCUUAAGGAAGCCACCAAUUACGCUGGA